GAGAAGGACAAGAAAGCCGGAGCGGUGCCCUUUCGCCCGGGCGGGGGCGGCUGCUCUGGGUUCCCCCCUCGCUGUUUGCCGCUCAACUUUCCCGCGGGGUUUGGAUCCUCGAUUCGGAGCCCUGUUUUUUUAAAUUAUUAUUAUUAUUUUGCUGCUGGAAAGAAACUGCAUGGCGCUGCACCGGUAAUCCGAUCCGUCUUUCCACUACGUUUGCAGCUUGCCACUCUUCUCGUGCAGACCCGGCGAGGCAGGUGGAAAGCGCCGGAGGGAGAAAGAGGGCGGGGGGGAGGCAUUCGUCUAAGGGAAUUGCAGUGCUACAAGAAAGAGCAUUUAGGAACCUGCCUACAGUUUCUUCGGCAGCCGGGAGGCGACUGUAGAUGUGUUUAAAAAAUCUUUUAAAAAAUCUACAUCAUCCUGGCUUCGCUGCUGGGUUUGAAGGGCAGGAAAGAGCUUUUCAGCAAAAAAAGAGUGUCUGUUCUCAGCGAACUGUACUAUCAUCUGGGGCAUGAAGAUGCACAGUGACCUGCAGCGAGCAUGACAUCUCUGGCCAACGCCAUCGCUUCCCACCAGUCUGAGUGGGUCUCCUUCAGUGAUGGGCUGCUCUUCCCAGUUACCUCCCAGGGUCAUCCUGAUGAACCUCUUGAGCAGUUUCUCUCCUCAUCUGAGACAUCCUCUGAAGGUGUUCAAAACCUGGAUGGAGAAUUUCCGACUCUUGCCCAAGCUGAGCUGGGGGAUACAGUGGACAAAGCAACUGCAGACCUUGCAUCCAGAUGUUUGCUUGAAAACCACCAAUCUCCAAAAUUUGAUUUAUCUUCAUCCUUCAGCACCUGGGUCCAGUUUGAAGACACCCCCUGGACUAGCACUUUGCCAGAGCACACAGCCUGUUGGACAAUUCCCUCAUCAGGAUCUUCUGAGAGACGACCCAUUACCUCGGACAGUAGUUGGACAACAACUUCUGAGAAUACUAGCAGCCCAAGUAUGACCCCUUCUUAUACAGAUCUGCAGUCCAUAAAUACGGAGGACCUGACCAGUGGUGGAGUGUCUGCAGCAGGGUCAACUGAAUUCUCAGGAACUCCUGGAGGUGUGUGUGUGUGUGUGUCCCAUCUGCAGUGUGAACAGCUGUCGAGGCAGGAGAUGUUUCAGCGCCUGGCAGGCUUACUACUUCAUGCAGUCUCCAGAAGCAAAAAGGAGGAGGCGCAACAGCCCUGCACCAACUUGUCCUCAGCAGUUGUGGACAAUUCCUCAUCCUUUCCAGAAGAUGAAGAGCUAGGAAUGGAGGCUCCCAGUGGGCAGCUGAAUGGCACAUCCUUUAAUGGCCACAAUGAAAACCUAACCCCAACCCGUUUCCCCAGCUGGGUAACUUUUGAUGACAAUGAAGUCAACUGUAUUUCUCCGCCAACUUUAUCCCCUGUGAAGGCAGACAUCCCACCAGCAGAGACUCCACCAGUUGUAACAACAACAGUAGCAGCAGCAGCACAGACUCCAGAUACAAAUUCUACCCUCCUCCCCUCAUCUUUUAAAAAGAGGGAACGCCCCAGAAGCACACUGGGUGACCUCUCCAAAGUGCAGAAACUGGACCUUUCCUCUAUAACCAGGUUGCCUUCAGUCAGUGGUGCACCCUCCUGGAGUGCUACUAACCCUUUCCUCGAUGUUCAAGAUGUUCAGCCUUCCCCUAUUAACCCAUUCAGUUCUUUCUUUGAAGAACGGGACAGGCGCUCCCACUCCAGCUCUGUGUCUGGCACCCCUGGUAAAAAUCAGAGAGAUUCCCUCAUUGUCCUCCAUCAACAGCCUGACACCGUCUGCUUCAAUGAGUCAAGUAAACACCGAAAGCACAGAGAUGUUGUGGAACAUCUGAAGCAACUGCAGAUUGGGGAUCCAGAUGAACUCAGCAGUUCUGCUCUGCCUGACGAUGACCCCACAUUGCCAUCUGAAUUGGAUGGCACUUUAUCCUGGUUAGGGCCACCUCAACGGAAGGAUGGUUGGCCAAUGAUGCUGCGGAUACCAGAGAAGAAGAACAUCAUGUCUUCUAGACACUGGGGGCCAAUUUACGUGAAACUGACUGACAGCGGAUAUUUGCAACUCUUUUAUGAGAAGGGGCUGGAGAAGCCCUUCAAGGAAUUGAAGCUUGACAUCAACCAUGAGAUUUCAGAGCCCAAGCUCCAAAACUACGAUGAGAAUGGCAGGAUACACAGUGUGAGGAUAGACCGUACCAUUUAUAAGGAGAAAAAGAAGUACCAGCCAAAGCCAGCUGUCACUCACACAGCAGAGAGGGAACAGGUUAUAAAGCUUGGCACUCCUAGCUAUGAAGACUUUCUUAGCUUCAUCCGGGCAGUCCAGGAUAUAUUAAUGGAUCUGCCCACCUCAUCAACAGACCUGAGCACAGUGGGGCUAAACUACCAAGAGGAGGAAGUCACUGUGGAUGUAAAGGAUGAGUUCUAUGGCAUCUUGGCCAAAGGGGACAACAGAAUUCUGCAGCACAAUGUGUUGACAAGAGUGCAUAUUCUCACAUUCCUUUCUGGCUUGGCAGAAUGCAGGCUAGGCCUCAAUGACAUUAUGGUCAAAGGGAAUGAAAUUGUCUCACGGCAUGAUAUCAUGCCUACCACCACUACCAAGUGGAUUAAGUUGUAUGACUGCCACUUCCACACCUGUGUGGAUGAGGAGAUGUUCACCAGCAACCGCAUCAUUCUCUUUAACCCCUUGGAUGCCUGUCGGUUUGAACUAAUGCGCUUUAGAAGUACAUUUUCUGAGAAGACAUUGCCUUUCACCUUAAGGAUUGCAGCCAGUAUUAAUGGGGCUGAGGUGGAACUCCAGAGCUGGUUGAUGAUGUCUCCAGGAUUCUCCUCCAACCGAGACCCUCUAACUCAGGUUCCCUGUGAAAAUGUGAUGGUCCGCUACCCGGUUCCACACGACUGGGUGAAAAAUUUCCGUAGAGAAAGUGUCCUGGGGGAAAAGUCCUUGAAAGCAAGAGUAAAUAAAUGUGCCAGCUUUGGAUCCAACAGUGUUUCUGGUUUAGAACCAGUAAUGAAAGUAACACUGGGAACUGCCAAAUAUGAGCAUGCCUUUAAUUCCAUUGUGUGGAGGAUAAAUCGACUGCCUGACAAAAACUCUGGUUCUGGUCAUCCUCACUGCUUCUUCUGCCACCUGGAGCUUGGUUCAGACCGGGAAGUGCCUUCCAGUAUUGUCCGCUAUGCGGAUGUGGAGUUUGACAUGCCAACCACUUCAGCAUCCAAGGCUUCCAUUCGUUCUAUCUCUGUGGAAGGCAAGACAGAUGUCAGGAAGUGGGUCAACUAUUCAGCACAUUACAGUUACAAGGUGGAAAUAGAGCAGAAAAAGAGCUUAAAUCCUGAUGCGUUGGGAGACGAAGCUGGUAAUGCCAAGGAAUGUGCUGUACAUUGAACGAAAAGUCUGCCAUUUGUGGCUGAUUCAGUAUAAUCAACAGGCCUUGUGGAAGAGAAGAUACAGAACUUCCUUCAAGGUGUCGGAAUAGCAGGGAAACACUUGGCAUUUCUAGGUCUUGGCCUACUGCAACCUUAUUUAGAGUGAAAGCUCUUUUGAGAUUUGUUUACAAUACCCUGGUGGCUUUGGUAGCAGCUCACUUAAGUGUCUAGAGACUUACAAUUCCUUCAGUCCUGCCUUCAACUUUACUGCUAAUUUUUCCACAGUGAGAUAAUGGUGUUUCAACAACUACAACUCAAGCAAACAUAAGGUGGACGUCUAGCCUGGCUAACAAUAUUUUGAUAUGUCCUUGAAAUCUCGUAAUUCAAUCCUGGAAAAAGUUCUUUUGGAUGGUCUGCAGUAAUACUGAGGAACAUGGAACUGUAGGAGAUAAAGUUUUCAUUAUGAACUGUUCGCAUUGGAUUGGAUUGGACAAUAGGAACAAAAGCUUUCCAUGAUACGACAACCUUCCCUCUCAACUUAUGUACACUCAGUUACGGAGAAUUCCAGUAGACAGAAUCUCUGAGAAUUCCAGCAACUGAACAGCAAUUGAAUCGACAAGUGAAUAUUCCCUACUUGGAUGAUGAAACUUUUAAAUAUCUCACAUUUUCUUUGGUUUUAGUUGGAUUUUCAGAAAAUUACCUUUAGUCACUUAGACUGAUGCCAAGGCCAGGGUUAUUCUUUAAACUUGACAUACUUGUAGCUGCCAGUAAGAGGGAACUUGACUGAUCAUUCCUGUCUGGGGAAGAUACUAGAAACAUAUUUUGAUAUUUUUCCUUGAAUGGUUUAGGAGGACUGGUUAUGGCUUGUUACCUACAUAAUUGUUUUGUUGACAGACAAGAAGUUGUGUCUUUAAUACUCUUUGACAGAUAUGGUAGAAAGAAAAUUGUCUGGGUUGGUGGGGGCGGGGGUGGUAAGUACUGGGAAGGCUAUUUGCAUUUUCUGUUCCAACACUGCCACCCCAUCCAAAGUCCUGACGGUGUGACACAGCACCGCAACAGCACUGCCCCAUCAGCAGUGUGUGUAGACAAAAAAACACCACCACCCCUGCCACCAGAGAGCCCUCCAUUGGGCUUUAUGGACUUGAGUGGGGUAAGUCCAAAAGCUGGGGCCGUGGCAUAACUGCCACAUACCUGCAGUGGCUCCACCCCUGCAACCACCCCACAAUGCCCCUGCUGUGCCAAUGCAGGUACGCGGUGAUGACUGUCCAUCAGCAUUUCUAUCCCUCCGCUGGGGUGAGUACAAUCCCCACCCCUUGGGUGGGGCUGUAGGUCUCAUUUUAAGGUGGCUGCUCACUUUUUUGUGUUGCUUAGUGAUUCCUUUUAACAUUCAGAUUCAAGCAGAAUUGAGUUCCACCUGGCACUAAAUAAAACAUUGUCUCAUUAAAAGUCAUUCCCUUAGACAAGUCACCUUGAACCAUGAGGAAAGGUAGGAUAUAAAUAUUCUAAUUCAUUAAAAAAUUACUAUUAAGUGUUCUUCAGCAAGAAGUCCUAUUUUCCCUGGAAUUCCCCUUUUAUUCCUAUGUUUUCAGUCUAAUUUCUCACGCUUCCAGGGCUUGCUCAUUCUCUGCCACCACUUAUGAACCAAAGGUUAAUUAUCUGUAUUUGUUCCCCUGCAAGAACAGGGAACUUAAGUAUAGCCUUUUUCUUUAUAAACAGUGCAAGUCGCUGCUCUUUGCUUUUUAAAUGUUAUUGUUAAUAAUUGUAAAUGUUCAAUUACAAGAUUUUAAACAAACCACAGCUAUGACAAACUACAAAAGAGCACACAAGUUCCUCUGCAAGAGACCAAGAGCAGAUAACUUACAAUUCAUUAAUGAGUACAAAAAGAACUAGGCAGAGGGAGAAGGAAGGACUGAACAUUUGAAAACACCAGGGCUCUAGGUACUUUCAACUGCCCUGACUGUUCACAUGGGACACCCUGGUAUUGCAGGCAUGUUUUAAUUUUUUCAACCACCAAUCAGUCUGAAAAGGUACAAACGGAACAUUAAAAAAAUUACUGCAAUACAAAGGGAUUGACUGAGUGCUCCAUAAAAACUGAACAAAUAAAUUAAGGCAAUUGCAGAGUGUGUGACUAGUGUGGAACAAGCCUUAGAAAGACUGCAGUGUGCGAAACAUGUAUGCUGCCAGCAGUGGUUGAUAUUACUGUAUAAAGAGCACAAUGAAUGACUGCAUUCAAGACUCUGUGAAUUCCCUAGGCAUACUGUGGUCUCACGCUAGUACAGACAUUAAAAUUCUGAGGAUCUCAGCUUACAAUUU